AGAAACGUUUCGAGAAGGAAAAUCCGACUAGUUGGCACAAGGUUAGGCGGACAAAUCUAACGUAAGAGAAGAAGAAGAGAAAAAAGAUUAAAAAAAGGGUGUGUUUUUUACUUUUUGAAGCUCGUUUUGAGAGUUGGAGCACAAGUAUAAGUUCUUUUAGCAUUAUAUCUUGUGGUUCGAGCAUUACUUGAGCAUUAACAUUUCAUUCGUGUUGACUGACCAGAGUCCACGAAUUGGUUUCAAAGAUGACUGAACAACACAGGUUCGGGACCAACGUAAGCCCCAUAACAUGCCACGCUUGGAACAAGGACAGGACUCAAAUCGCUCUAUCUCCUAACAAUCACGAAGUUCACAUCUACCAAAGAAGUGGAUCGGAAUGGAAGCUGGUGGACACACUCAACCAGCACGACCUGCGAGUGAUGGGCAUAGACUGGGCCCCCAACACCAACCGAAUAGUCACUUGUGCAGCGGACCGUAACGCCUACGUCUGGUCGCAAGAUAAAGACGGCAAGUGGAAACCUACUCUGGUUUUGUUGAGAAUAAACCGUGCUGCAACCUGCGUCAAGUGGUCCCCGAACGAGAACAAGUUCGCUGUCGGAUCGGGAGCGAGGCUAAUAUCGGUGUGUUACUUUGAAUCUGAAAACGACUGGUGGGUGUCGAAGCACAUCAAGAAGCCGAUCCGCUCGACGGUUACGCAUCUCGAUUGGCACCACAACAAUGUUCUUCUUGGGGCCGGGUCGUCCGAUUACAAGGUUAGGAUUUUCUCCGCUUACAUUAAAGAUAUCGAGAAGACCCCUGAAGCUACGCCGUGGGGUACGAAGAUGCCUCUGGGGCAGUUGAUGGCCGAGUUCGUCAAUUCCAGCUCUGGUGGAGGCUGGGUUCAUAGCGUCAGUUUUUCUCCUGAUGGAAAUAAAAUAUGUUGGGUUUCUCACGACUCGUCGGUGAAUGUUGCUGAUGCGACCAGGGGCAAUGCAGUUUUCAAGCUCAGGACGGAAUUUCUGCCGUUCCUCAGCUGUUCUUGGAUAAGCAACAAGUCCGUAGUUGCUGCCGGUCACAGCUGCAUCCCGAUUUUGUACAAGUACAAUGAAAACGGACAGUUAGCUUUUGUCGCUAAGUUGGACGCUUCCCAGAAGAAGGAAACCGGUGGAUUGUCGGCAAUGCGGAUGUUCCACUCUUUGGACAAACAGGUAUACAGUGUUCUCUCAAUUACUGCAGAAUGUGGGGAAGAAAACCAGUGACCGGGCUUCUAUGGU